GGCAGACCUUUGGGCAGACAACAGCUAAAGCUUUCUGCUCCCUCCCCUUUCCCAAGUAUUUGUGAAAUGGAUUCCCAAAGGGAACUCACUGAAGAGCUCAGACUUUACCAAUCCACCCUUCUUCAGGAUGGCCUCAAGGAACUCCUUGAAGAGAAAAAGUUUAUAGAUUGCUCUCUAAAAGCUGGUGACAGAAGCCUGCCUUGCCACAGAUUGAUUCUGUCGGCUUGUAGCCCUUAUUUUCGUGAGUAUUUCUUAUCCGAGCAAAACGAAGAGAAAAAGAAGGAGGUAGUUCUAGAUAAUGUUGACCCCAACAUCCUGGAUAUGAUUGUCAAAUACCUUUAUUCAGCAAGUAUUGAUCUUAAUGAUUCUAACGUGCAAGAUAUUUUUGCUUUGGCCAGUCGCUUUCAGAUCCCUUCUGUAUUCACUGUGUGCGUCUCCUAUCUUCAGAAGAGGCUUGCUGUUGGUAACUGUCUGGCCAUCCUUCGAUUAGGUGUUCUGCUUGAUUGCCCGAGACUUGCAUUUUCUGCCCGUGAUUUUGUUUCAGAUCAUUUUGUGCAGAUCUGCAAAGAAGAGGACUUCAUGCAGCUUGCCCCACAUGAACUUAUCUCAGUUAUUUCACCUGACAGCUUAAACGUAGAGAAGGAAGAACUGGUAUUUGAAGCAGUAAUGAGAUGGGUCCGAACAGACAAGGAGAACAGAGUAAAGAGCCUGGGGGAAAUUUUUGACUGCAUACGUUUUCGUCUUAUGCCAGAAAAAUAUUUCAAAGAACAUGUUGAGAAGGAUGAUAUAAUUAAAAGCAACUCAGACCUUCAGAAAAAAGUAAAGAUUAUUAAGGAUGCUUUUGCUGGAAAACUGCCUGACUCUAGCAAAAGUACAGAAAAAUCAACCAAAGGGGAGGUGAAUGGUGAUGUCGGAGAUGAAGACUUACUGCCUGGCUACCUAAACGACCUUCCCAGGCACGGCAUGUUUGUAAAAGACCUAAUUCUUCUGGUUAAUGACACUGCUGCAGUGGCUUAUGAUCCUCUUGAAAACGAAUGCUACCUAGCAGCCCUGGCAGAACAGAUUCCCAGAAAUCAUUCCAGUAUAGUCACCAAACAAAAUCAGGUCUACAUUGUUGGAGGACUGUAUGUGGAAGAGGAGAACAAGGAUCAGCCUUUCCAAUCAUACUUCUUCCAGCUGGACAGCAUCGCUGGUGAGUGGGUUGCCCUUCCUCCACUGCCGUCAGCCAGGUGUCUCUUCGGGCUGGGAGAGUCAGACAACAAGAUCUAUGUAAUUGCAGGCAAGGACCUUCGCACUGAGGAGUCUCUAGAUUCAGUAUUGUGCUAUGACCCUGUGGCAAUGAAAUGGGGUGAGAUCAAAAAACUACCCAUCAAAGUAUAUGGCCAUGCUACUAUCUCAAACAAUGGAUUGAUAUAUUGUCUUGGUGGAAAAACUGACGAUAAGAAAUGCACUAAUAGACUAUUUGUAUACAAUCCCAAGAAAGGAGACUGGAGAGACCUGGCUCCAAUGAAAGUGGCUCGCUCGAUGUUUGGAACGGCUAUCCAUAAGGGAAAGAUUGUCAUUGCAGGUGGUGUCACUGAAGAAGGCCUUACUGCCUCUGUUGAAGCUUUUGAUCUGACCACUAAUAAGUGGGAGAUUAUGCCUGAAUUUCCUCAAGAGAGAAGUUCCAUCAGUUUAGUGACCUUAAGCGGAGCUUUGUAUGCUAUUGGAGGCUUUGCAAUGAUUCAGCUUGAAUCUAAAGAAUUUGCACCCAGUGAAGUCACUGACAUAUGGAAGUAUGAUGAUGAAAAGAAGGAAUGGAUUGGCAUACUGAAAGAGAUCCGAUACGCUACUGGAGCCUCCUGCCUGGCUACACGCUUAAACCUCUUCAAGUUAUCAAAACUGUAAACAAAAUGCUGGAAAAUGUGGUAUGGUGAGGGAGUUUCGAUAGGCUCUUCUUGUUUUGUUGCAUGAAAAUGUCCCCAAAUUGUACAGAGUUUUGUAGCAGCAUACGAGUUAUACUGGUAACUGUUAAGCAGUUCACCUGUCUGUCCAAGUCUUAAGAUAUUUACUAGCUAACCAACAACAACUGAAUUUUUGCCAAGAUUUAAAAGCCUGAAGAAUUCUAAUUAAUGUUGAUUAGAAUAAAUUAAGAUUUCAGAGAGAACUCCAUUUUCCACUCUGUGAAACUGCUAAUAAAACUAGUUAGACUUCCUUACACUCAGACGAUCCAGGAUAUUGGUGGCUUAUCCUCUAAACAAUGCCAAUGAAUUAAUUGUUAAGUUAAAUACAACUAGUAGGUAGCUAAUUUUAUUCUAACUGGCUGUUUGUACAGCCUGAUUUCCCCCUUCAGCAAUGUAUGUAAAUCCCACAUUCUUCAGCCUUAUCUUGAAAAUAUUUUCAUUAGAGCCUUCUAAAAAUACUUUAGCCAGGAAUUGAAGUGCAUAUUGAAAACAGAAGUGGCCUAAUACUAUGUGGCCUAAGAAAUACCAAUCUCAGCCAAAGCUGUACUAGUAGCCAGAUGUGAGCAAAGAGAGAGAAGUUCACAAGGUUAGUAGUUCUACUGUUUCACCUACUAUGUUUAGGCUUCUGGUAACAAGGAUUUUCCACUUUUUUUAUGCUUUUAUAUUUAUUUCCAAAGCAAGUAUUUUAUGGAAGGUGUUCUCAGAGAUCUGAGGCCAUUAACAAGCAUUCAUGGAAAAGUCCCAGUCCAUUUAAUAAAAAGUUGAUGCAUUUUGAUGUUGAAACUUUUAACAAUUAAACUUUGUUUUUAAAACUGUAAGAGUA